AUGCAGGUAGAGAUCAAAAAGGCGCAUACAAACAAAGAAGAUGGGCGCACCGCCGGCAUCAAAUUCGAGCUUCCCACCCAGGAGUCAGGUUGCCAGCCUGUAAAGCGUCGGCGCCUUCAGCGUCAUGACGCGAGUCAAAGCCUGGGCGACAUUUGCAAAGACGAGGGCCGGGAAGGCGACAACUUUUGGCUGAAGGUCAAGAUGCAGGUAAAGGAAGAAGUCGAAGCCAUGGAUACGGAGCGGAAGGUGAAAACCGAGUCUUCCUUUUCGACCACAGCCGGAGACGACGGCAAGAGCAUGAAGCGCCAGCCGAGAGUUAAGGUGGAGCAGAGGCAGUCAGACGAAAAGGCCGCCAUGGUGAAAGCAAAGCCAGUGCUUCUGGAGGAGACUGUCUGCCAGUUGCCCCUCCCAACUGGGCAUGGCCUCACUGAUUUUGACAACAAGAUGACCGUGUGGGCGCGUCAGUGUGCGGAGUUCCGCAGAAAGUCAACUUGGAUGCCCUCAAGGCCCUGCUGCCCGGCAAGCCUUUUCUUCAGCUCCCCCAUCGUGCCGGGAAAGAAGGAUCCGCCCUGCGUGCGGCGCUUGUCCCAGAAGGAGCUGUGCUGCCUGCGGCGCUUCUUCGAACGUGGGCAUCCCAUCUUCGCCGCGCCACUGCCAGCCUCUGAUCCGAUGACUAAGCCUUCGGCGCGUGCUGCGGCAACCACCACGCAAGAGGAGGCAGGCUUGCCGGCCAGCGGCGCGGCAUGCAUGAAGAUGUGGCCGUGGAUGCGAGAUCUGCCCCGCAGCAUUUGGGCCGGUCGCGGCUUGGCCUACGAUGUGCAGAGCGGCUUGCGGCGCUUGUCCUCUGCUUGCGGCGGUGCAGCAGCCAUGCACGGCGUCCAGAUCUGGGAGUCUGUAGGAGCUGGGCAGCCGGCUGCAGCUGACCCGAGUCCUGAUACGGGAGCUGCACCUGGCCAGGGUGCGAGUUUGCUGGCCCCAAGCCAAGUGAAGCCUGCGCGGGUUCUGUCCAAGCAGCAGGCCAAGCAGAGUGGGAUUCCUGGCAUCAUUUGGGUGUCAAGCACCUUUAGUUGGCAGCUUCGAUGGGCAGAGAAGGUCGAAGGCAGCAACACGCGACAAAGCCGAGUCUUCGGCAUCAGCCGCUUCAUGAAGGAUGGUCUCAACGAGGCGGAAGCCGAGGCCGCCGCCCUGGAGGCCGCCAAGGCCUUCCGCGCGCAGCUGGUGGCCCAGGGCCGCAUCAAGGAGAAGCUCCGGGACGAGAGCCUCACCUCCGACGUGCCCGGGGUGCACUAUCAGCCGGGCAGCAAGAAGUGGCAGGUCCGGAUCUCCCGGCCGAACGGCAAGAAGCUCGAGGGCGGCUACUUCGCGCAGAAGGCUUCAGCGGAGGCGCGGGCCCUGGAGCUGCGGGAGCUCCACGGGCUGCAGCGCACCGUGAGGCGCUGCGCUAGGCGUGCGGAGCUGGCGGCGGUUCAGCCCAAGGUGCCGUACCUGGGCGUCGCCUGGCAUUUGCGAAGUCAAAGCUGGCAGGCGCGGACUUCAGGCCACACCAAGAAGUCUUGUUCGUUCAAGCCCCUGGACCACUCGGAGGCGGAGGUGGAGAAGGCCUUUGCCCAAGCUGUGGAAUGGCUCAAGGAGCAGAAAGUCCAAGCCACAGAAAGUGCCGUGGCAGCAGCGAAGGGCAAGGUUGGCAAGAAGGGAGGGAGCAAGGGCUGA